CAUUGUGGGUAUGUUUAUUAGCACAUGUCUAGAUGUAUAAAAACCCUGUGAUGUGCGAGGACUUUGGUGAAAGAUUGUAAGAUGUCAUACAGCACUCUCUUUUCUUUAGCCUUUGGCAUCCUUAGCAGUCUAAUGCUGAGAGAGGUUACAGCUCUUAAAUGGCCACUUCCAAGUAACAGUGGUCCACAUAGAUUUACAUGGGGAGAGUUUCCAAGGAAUACUCAAGAGAUUCCACGCAGUCUGGAUCUAGAGGACUUUACUCUCAAUGUUGCCCCAACCAGUGGUCGCGUGAGCUCUCCCACCAUCGUCCGACUUCACCCAAUUGUGUCACAAUCUUACAAGUACGCGACCCUGCCGAUGCGCUUCGGUCGGGAUGCGCAGGCGAGCUCAAGUGACCGCGCGCCCAAGUCCAACAUCAUUAACCUGCCACAGCGGUUCGGCCGCUCGUGCACUAUAUGUGCGCGCUCAGGCAUUGGACCCUCAGCAACAUUGCCGCAAAGGUUCGGGAGACGGAACGCAUUUACAAUUGACCUGAACGCACGUACAGCUGAAUUGCCAUCUCCAAAAGACAGAAGUCUACCUCUGCAUAUGGACUUGGAUAAAGAUGGAUUAUUAUCUUUAUUUCUCUCGCAGGACUCAAGUCAACGACUACAUGUUUGAAACAGUAGAAGACUCAGAGGAGACUGUAAAGAGCACAGAAUAUACUGCGUUAGACUAAAACAGCACAGCAGUUUAUCUUCUUUAUUUACUUCCUAUUAUUUUAUGUAUUCGCAUAUGUAUUUGCUUGCUUGUAAA